GCCAGAGCACCUGAGCCAAAGUACCUGAGGGCAUUAGCUCUUUAAGGGCCAAGUAAUGCAGUAGCUUUAUAAAUGCAAGAUAAGAGAGGAACAUUCAAUCACUUAAAAGUCACGAUUCAAGUUAUUUUACGUGCACUUGCAUGUAAACUGCAUGACACGUAGUUACUGUACAUGGAUUACGAUCGCAAUUAAAACAUCUAAAAAAUGAAGGUUGCUCUCACGAUAUUCUGGCUCAUGCUGAUUAUUCCAAUCAUUUGGGGAGAGCCACAGGAUCUCCAGAGAUGUGAAGAGAGUUCCGAUUGUCAAUUAGGCGAGUUUUGCGAUACUACGACUGGCAACUCCGUGUGUUCGCUAUGCCUUUCAUGUGAAAAGCGCUACAAUCGAUUGAAUUCCAGUCGAAAUAGCUGCGCCCAAAAAGUGGAAGAUUGCGGUGACUGCCGUCCCGGCUAUAGGGAAGAAGUUCUAACGGAGAACAAAACCAGCGAGAAAUGCUCUCCUAUUGAAUCAAACUCAUCCACAUCUGUUCCUGCACUGUCUCAGCUCAAAAAUACGGAAGACGAGGGACAACUAUCAGGCAAAUUAAUAGAGAAAUAUGUUCUGGUUGUAGCCGUUUGUAGUGUGCUUGAGUGUGUGCUUCUUUGUCUGCUUCUUUGUGCCUACAUCUAUGUCAAACUUCGUAACCUUCGAUUCCGUGCGCCCCCAGACGCUGAUACGCCCCCAGACGCUCGUACGCCCAUGAUCCCAGCGAACAAUACUAACUAAUGGACAACACCUCCCCCGGACAACUUGACCCAGUACAAUAACUAAACACAACAUUUUGACCAAAAAUAACUUGAUUAUCGAACAAAACUAAAGCUUGAUGAGUCAAUAUUUGAUGUGAAUGCCAAGAUGUUAGUAUCAGUUAGGCAUUAAAUAAGAAGAUCAUUUUUCAUUAAAACACUACCUAACUUGAUUUUCACAGUAUGAAUGAUAUAAACGUAACUUGCUUUUAAUGAUCAAAUGAUGGGUGGCCAUCGGUUUCCCCCAACGUAAUCUCCGCUUGUGGAUUUCCGCCCGGUGAUCUCCGCCAUAGCGAACUCGGCCAACGGCAAUCUCCGCCAC